AUGAACGCGUCGAUUGUGUUUGCACUUGCGCUGGUCGCGACGUUGGCGUCUGCGACGAUGCCUGUUCUUCAAGCACCGAUGUCGAAGCCGUCGGACAAAGCUCCACUGUCAACGGACGACAGCGAGUUGUGGUUGCACCCUAUCUACCGCCCCAUCUACCGCCCUGUCGUUGUGGUCCCACCGCCGAUCGUGCCAGUGUAUCGUCCGGUGCGCCGCCCUGUGGUGGUGGUGGGUCGCCCCAUCUUACGACGUUGGGAAGGCUCUCCCACGACGGACGAAGGUGCCAGCAAGGAGCACGCUUAG